CUUUAAUUUGGGGUCCGAGUGUAGAUGAUAUGCCCAUGAGUUUGUUCAAAAUCGGCUUCGAGGGGUAGGGAUACGGAAUGAAGUUUUCAGAUUCGGCCAUGAUUACUAGGGUUCCCAUGACUGUCCCAUGACUAUUCCUGGAUAGUUCGGUGCCAUUUUGGCCAUUUCGAAGCUUUAACAGUCUGCCACUCCAAGAACGACCCCCCUUUUCUCCACAUUUUCCCGUAGACGACAUGAGCUAAUGCCAGGCACGACUGAACCUCCGAAGUACGUACAGAUCAGACGGGGUCGCUCCCGGGCGAUUGGUAGUUGCUUGUCUUGUUGUUUCCUCUUUUCUCCUCUGCUACUGCUGCUUGUCAUUAUCGUUGUUGUUAUUCUUUUGCUUCUCGCUUCUUUCCUUUCGAGUUGCUCUUUCCUUGUGGAACUUGUUUGCUUGGAUUUUCUGUCCACCUUGAUUGGGUUGACGGAAUUCGAGAACUUGCCAACUUCAACCUCCGUCCGGUCGCCUUCACGAUAUAUCUCACUUUACGACCCAGUGUCGUCUGGUCUCACAACGCCGCGAUUGUUGCAAUUGCCUUUUUUUUUUUUUUUUUUUUUUUACCGCUCUUUUCUCUCUUUUUUACACUCAUUUUUUAAUAUUCUAAUUGCAGGACAUCCCAUCCUGUCUUGAUGACAAAAGGUUUUCCUGCGCGUCAUUCGUUAUUAACAAUCAUCGAUCUUGCCGUCGUCCUCCAAACGGACUCCCGAGGUCCCGAGUUCCCGUCGGGUAUUGCCAACUAGCUUGUACUAGAAAGUGCACAAACGGUUGUCUCUCGCCUGAUUGUCUUUUGAUCGCCAUUCUCUAGACAUCGCACAAGCCUUUUUUGCCUUGGUCCCUCUGCUGUCUUCUCGCGAUUCCGACCUUGUCCCGUCCGCGAAUCUGAAACGCGAACAGUAUCUAAGACUUCAGGGUCGCAUCAUCUGGUUCGCCAUCCCACCCCACUCUCACCCAAUUAGGAGAUACAUUUGUGCAACGACUACGGCUGCUUCGUCAUUGUAUUCACCAUCCCACCGGCAAAUAUCGCAUGUCCGACCGUGUGUAUGGGCCUUGGCUUUUCUUGGAAGACUUCGGAAACUGCUAUAGGAUUUCGUUCGUUUGAAUCGUAUCAAUCUUGAAGGUUGCCUCACGGUCUGUGACUAAGUCGACUCAUCAUUGAAGCACCCCCGGUCCAAAUCGGGCUGGUACAAGGAAGGGCCAG